AUGGUCGGAGGUUCGGUUGAGUUGGAGACCAUGUUUUCUUUAAGAUCUCCUAAAGCAGAUAUGGAAAAUGACUUGUAUGGUCAACCAGCAAGCAUAAAGAGUAGAGACAGUUGUGGUAACUGGCUGGAGAAGAACUUGUACUCGCCAACGCAGGGUUCACAGAGUCAUUGGGACCAAGCUGCACUGAGGUUGCAGAAAGUUUACAAAAGUUUUAGGACAAGAAGGAAACUUGCAGAUUGUGCAGUUCUUGCAGAGCAGAGAUGGUGGAGGGCUUUGGACUUUGCUGAACUGAAGCGCAGUUCAAUAUCAUUUUUUGACAUUGAGAAACCAGAGACGGCUGUUUCACGUUGGUCAAGGGCUAGAAAGAGAGCUGCCAAGGUUGGAAAGGGUCUAUCUAAGGAUGUGAAGGCUCGCAAACUUGCUUUGCAGCAUUGGCUAGAGGCAAUUGAUCCUCGACAUCGCUAUGGUCACAAUCUUCAAUUUUAUUAUGUCAAAUGGCUUCGCUGUGAUAGCUGUCAACCUUUCUUCUAUUGGCUUGAUGUUGGGGAAGGCAAGGAAGAACUUUCUGAGAGAUGUCCCAGGUUAAAACUUCAGCAACAGUGCAUCAAAUAUCUGGGUCCAGUGGAAAGAAUGGAUUAUGAAGUAGUUAUUGAGAAUGGAAGACUCUUGUACAAGAAAAAUGGAAAACCUGUUGACACAACAGGAAAUGCAAAGUGGAUUUUUGUUCUUAGUACAUCCAAAAAUCUUUACGUAGGGCAGAAGAACAAGGGCACAUUUCAACAUUCAAGUUUCCUAGCAGGGGGAGCCACAUUGUCUGCUGGUAGAUUAGUGGCAGAGGGUGGUGUUCUUAAGGCAGUUUGGCCUCACAGUGGGCAUUAUCUGCCAACAGAAGAAAAUUUUGAGGAGCUCAUGUUAUUCCUUAGAGAUAAUAAUGUAGAUCUUACAGAUGUAAAGAAAAAUCCAGAUGAAGAAGACAGAGAUGAAAUUAACCAAGAUAUCUUCCAACACAAUCCUUUAGAAGAGACCAUGAAAUCUCCAAACAUUGAAACUGAAAGUCCCAACACAUUAGCUGAAGAGUUUCCUGACUUGAGAAAUGAGGAUUCUAAUGCUGAUUCAACCUCUCAACCACCCUUGGCAAGAUUGUCUGUAAGACUAGGAUCGAAGAUAGCAAGAAUUCAGAUACCAAAAAGAGUCAUAGUCCCCGAAAUUUUUGAAGAGACAGAAAACGGUCCCUGUACCCAGUACUAUUCUCCAACUGCAGCAUCGAACUGUGGUUAUGAGACAGCAGAAGAAUCAUUUAUAAACGAGGAGGAAUUCAUGGUUUCCAAAUCAAACAUGUUUCUUGAAAAUCAAGACGAAGAAGACAAGAAUACUAUUCCAAAGGAGAAAAUCUUGAAGAGGAUAGAUUCACACAAAGGAAGGAAAUCAUAUCAAUUGGCCAAUCACUUGUCUACCAAAUGGACAACAGGUGCAGGCCCUCGAAUUGGUUGCAUGAGAGACUACCCUCUUGAGCUUCAGAAUUGGAUUCUGGAGCAGCAAAAUUUGUCUCCAAGGACAAUAAUAAUGGCUCCAUCUCCUCGACUCCCACUGUUGUCUCGCUUCAGCCCUCAUGUUGCUUUUCCACCUCCUUUGGCUGAUGUUCCAAGUGCCUUAAGCAGCUAG